AUGUCCACUCCAAGUGAUCAAGGGCCCACUAUUCUCGAUUUGCUGAUGGAUGCCCGUUACCCACAGCCAUCCUAUGCCGCCCAAGUCGCAAAGGCAAUCCAAGACAAAGCCCGAAUUCUAGCCACCUCACCAUACAAAAUUCUCGGCUGGAACGUGGUGCGACGCCUCGAAUGCCUCCGAGUAAUCCAAGAAGAACUCGAGUCCAACAAUGACCCCCAACUGAGCAAUGUCAAAGCGAUUAUAUCGGCUUAUAAGCGAGACGGAAUGGACAGACUACUUUGGACGCCUGGACCUGUGUCGUUCUGGAUUCAGGGGACUCCUGUGGGCGACGUUCCGGGGCCUUUUAGCUGGAAUGCGUGUCUGCAGCUUCAGCGGCGAGCGGUUGGAUAUGGCGGUCUUUGGAUUGAGGGUUCUGACUACGCGGGUCCGAUACCUCUUCGGGAAUUCUCUGUGACCCCGCCAUUUCCGGCACAGUUUUCUCUCGCUAUCAAGCCACCGGGGAUCCCGAAGGAUCAAUUCUACGGAGUGGAGUUUGGUACUCAACCCCAAGCGAGUGACAUCCCGGCGCUACUAAGCUCUCCAGUCGGUUUUCCUAUGCCUCGAUUCCUUGGGAGGGGAUAUAAUACUACCGUUUUGAUAUCUACUGGAGUGAUGCAACAUAUUGAGAAUCUGUCCAAUGCAGAUAUCUCCUUCGGGUAUAGCGUUUUUCAUUGUGGGAAUGAGGUACUCAAGGCUUAUCGUGUCGUGAUCCUUGAGGUGGCCCUGGCUCUUCCAAAUGCCCCUUCUACGAACUGGAGCUGGACUACUACUCGUUGUGCCAUUUGUCCGGAUCUGGGCACAAAUGAGAUUCGAAUUUCGUACUUCAUCAAGAAUGAUUCGAUGCAGGAGGAGCUGAUUGCAUGGGAAGUCGAGGAUGAUGCUGGUGAACAAAGGGUCAGAGCUAAAUUGGGACUGUGA